GGCGGGGCCUGAGCCAGCCGUCAAGGUGGAGCGUUAGGGAGGAUCCUUUUUUGUCCGCUUUCCUCGGCUGGAGCCUGUCCAUUUGAGGAGCAGCUGAACGGGAGGAAGUGACAGAGGGAGGAAAAAGUAGUGAGCAACACAAGAGAAAGUCCUCCAGUCUUUGCCUGCACCACCAACCAACCCCCCCCCCCCACACACUACCACCUCCUCUGAGUAUACCCUCCCCACCACCCCCCUUUUCCCCCCCCCCCCCUCCCCCCGAGCUCGAUCAGAGCCGGAGAGCCAUGGAGCACGCAGCGCAGGAGAAGGUGGCCGACCAGGAGAAGCCGGCCGAGCAGUGCAAGGCGGCCGAGCAGGUCGCCUGCAACCCGUCGAACGAGGAGAAUGUCCAGAUGGCCAAGCUGGCCGAGCAGGCCGAGAGGUACGAAGACAUGGCCAAGUUCAUGAAAGCGGUGGCCGAGUGCGGCAACGGGCUGACGAUCGAGGAGAGGAACCUGCUGUCGGUCGCCUACAAGAACGUGGUGGGGUCCCGCAGGGCGUCCUGGAGGAUCGUCUCCAGCAUGGAACAGAAGUCCGACGAUGAGAAGUGCCAACUGGACCUAACCCAAUCUUACCGACGCACAAUCGAAACGGAGCUUACUCAAAUCUGCAAAGAAGUCCUGGAACUGUUGGAUAAUAAUUUAAUUCCCAAGUCGUGUAACUCAGAAGGCAAAGUCUUCUACCUAAAAAUGAAGGGUGAUUACUAUCGGUACCUUUCUGAAGUUGCGUUGGGAGAUCAAAGAAAAGAAACAAUAAUGAAUGCUGAACAAGCCUACCAGGCAGCCUUUACUAUCAGUAAAGAUGAUAUGCCAUCAACACAUCCGAUUCGUUUGGGUCUUGCACUUAAUUUCUCGGUGUUCUUCUAUGAAAUUCUCAACUGUCCAACCCGUGCCUGUGACCUGGCAAAAGAAGCAUUUGAUCUGGCUAUUCAAGAUCUGGAUAUUCUUCAAGAUGAUAGCUAUAAAGACAGCACCCUCAUUAUGCAGUUGCUUAGAGACAACCUUACAUUGUGGACAAAUGAGAAUUCAGGAUCAGCUGAUCCUGAGCUCCAAGCAACUGAGCCUGGAGAAAACAACUAAAUGUGUGUAGGGUCCAAUCCAAAUCCUUUUUACACAUCUGUUUCUUACUUCUCAAUUCCUAUAACAAACUUGUCAGUACUGUAUGAAUAGCUAUGUAUGGAAAAUUCCCAAUUUAGUCUUAUACACAUCAUUGCUAUAAAAUAAUCCAUCCCUUGGUUUGUGUUGAUGGUUGUCUGCCUUCCCAGUGUGCAGUUACUGCUGUAUAAGCAUAUAUAGUUAACUUUAUAACAAGUAACCUCCAUGUAGAGGAAAAUCUUUAAUAUUAUAAAGAAAUACUUGCAGUGUUUGUAUUGUGAACAUAAUUGGUAGAAAUUUGCUGCACUAGACAGUAUUUGGAUUAUAUUGCAUUUUUUUACUUGCUCCCACACUUCACCCUCCUAUGUUUGAAGUUAUCCUGCUGAUAUUGGCAAGUGUGCAUCAUCUACUCUUCCUUAAAACCUCUUGAAAUGCGAAUACUAUUUGCAGCAUAAAGCAAAGUAACUGUGCACGCACCCCUCUACUCUGCAGGAGAACUUGCCUUAUGUUCUGCAAUAAAAUGACAAGCUAUUUUGUAAAAUUGAGAUUGAAGGCAUUGAUAAAUGUACAAUCAAGUUGAAGUAUGUUAAAUUUUUUUUGGAAUUCAGUAAAUCUUCACUUUUUUUUAAAAGAAACAAAGCAACACUUGUCUGUUAUGGUGUUCACUUGUGUUCUGUUGCAGCGUGUUUCUACUAAAGUUUGAUGUUGUGCUGAUGAAUUAUCACCAGCAUGACUCUUUGAUACACUGGAAUGGGAAACACAAUUUUCCUCAUUUGUGCCCACUAUCUUUUUUUUUAAAAGCAUAGUAUUUCUUUGCAGAUUUGUGCACAUGUAAGGGAUGUUUAUUGAGAUUUGGACCACUAAUUACUAAUCAUUCAUUAUUAUUCCCAAAAGCCUUGUGGAAAUGUUAAUGCCCUAUGUAACACAAUAAAUGUUUUGUAAACCAUA